AUGGGACAAUCGACAGUAAAUAUUCCCGAACUUACGAGAUUAAUGGCGGGCAACGAUGAAACACUAAAUCCGUUUGUUUUUAAAUGUAGUAGAGAAUUCUACAGUAGUCGUACACGAAGGAUACAAUCUGAUGAUCGAAUUGUUUACUUCUUUCGAUACGAUGGUUCAGAGAAAGGAGAAGAGAUAAUAAGUUGGCACGAACUGAAAUAUUUGAGAGAUAAUCGUCGAUGGAAUGUAAUUCGACAUCCAAUGGUACUCAAUUUCAUCAAUGAAAUACUUCUUUCCCAAGCUUAUCUCUAUGUUGCACAUAUUAUAUCAUAUUUGGUAUUUCUACUAUUACUCUCAAGUUAUAUUUUUGGUAAAAAUAGUGUGCAAGAUAUUCUAUCAACGUUAUUCCUAAUCAUUUUUGGGUUUUAUUUGGUAGUAAAAUGUGCUAUAAAAUUGCAAGCAGGUAAAAUUAGUAAAUGGUUCAUUUUAUCAUAUUCCUUUAAUGUGAUAACAUAUAUCGCUACUUUUCUAUUCAUAUGGACGCCACUGUUAUUUUCCUAUAACGAUUACAAUUCUGAUUUAAAGCAUUUCAUCACCUGGUUAUUACCAAUCAUUGCUAUCAUUUCGGCAUGGGUUAACUUCCUGUAUAUUCUACGAAAAUCACCGUACGGUAUUUAUAUCCUUAUGCUUUCACGUAUCCUUUAUUCAUUCUCUCAGAUUGCUAUAAUAUGGAUACCAACGCUUCUCGCAUUUGCAUUCGCUUUUCAUCUGGUUAUGCGGAAUAGUGGUCAAGAACCCUGGGAAGCUACAGAAAUGUUUUUACAAAAUGCUACAGUAUCCCAGAAACUGCUAAUGAUACUGCAAGCGAUCACAAAAACUUCAGCUAUGAUGAUCGGUGAAGUGGAUGCGGACAAUGUGUUAGAACGUAAAGAAUGGAUACCAAAUUUGCUUCUAUUAGCAUUUGAAAUAAGUACAGUCAUACUGCUAAUGAAUUUAAUGAUAUCACUAGCAGUUGGUGAUGUAAAUGAACUUCGUCAAACAGCUCAGGAAAAAUUACUUGACAUUAAAGUAAAUUUUGCAAUCGAAUCUUUGCAAUUAUCAGAAUCAUGUGAUUGCUUAUCAACUUAUGUAAAUAUGCUUCAUCGUAAACAAACUAAUAAUGUACUUGCAAUCCAUAACGAUGGCACCACAUUUACCACAUGGAUGAAUGUUAAAUUCGAUGGUGCAAAUAACUUCAGUAUUUCCAAACAAAAUAUCUCCCAUGGAGGACAUAUGGAGGAAUUAGCAUUCAGGGAUUCAAAUAGGAUACCUUUGGAAAAUAUUACAGUUAAUUAUGAAAAUGGUAACGAAAAUGGGCAACAAAUGAGUGGAAGAAAUACACUGAAAUUAUUGCAUAAUAUGUAUCAUCUUAAAUUUCCAUCUGGUGAUCGACGAAUGCGUUUGUUGAAAAGAGGAAUGGUUGGUCGAGCGGUAGAAAUUGCACUAGAUGGUGCAAUAAUACAGCUUAUCGAAAGUAUUGAGUCCGGAAUUGAGUGUUUUGAAGGUACCGUAAAUGGUCAGUCGUACACCGAAAUCGAUGAUCCUGAGGGUUGUAGACGAAAAUUUGCACGAUGGCUUAUUGGUUUGGACUGGUCAAACUUAUUACAAUUAUAA